AAUCGAACAGGAACCGGUUGGAACGAGUGUACCAUUAUCGUGACGUUAAAAAAGUAAUGAUUUAAAGUGCUUAUUCGGUUAAUGGAAACACACAAACCACCUGGUGAAGCAGCAAAAUGUUUUCCUUACUCAGCACCGCCACAAUGUUGGGCGCUUUUACCGCACUGUUUGCAAUCGUUUUUCAAGCGUACCUUACCUCCAACGAACUGGUACGGUUGACCGUCAUUCUACAGCAUUUGCGAGAUUUGGAGGUAGAAUUUCCGGUCAGCAGUCCACGUGUUGCUAUCGGUUACGGUUCCUGCAGUGAUCUGCACGUUCGUGCGAUCGAUUUUCUAGAGUAUAGCGACAGCAUUGGCCAAGCGCUGAAUGCGACCGAAUAUACCUUUGACGAUAUUACGAACGAGGAAGAAUUUCUGCUUAACUUUGGCUACUACUUUCAACGUGGCGCGGCUGCAGAGUAGGAGAUUUACCGGCAACCGAGAGCUAUUUAUGAGCUUGGUACAACGGGCAAAGAAAUCGAGCACAAUACAGCAUCACUGGGCGCUAGGCGGCAAUGCACCGGUCAUUGGAACACGCAUGGCGAUAGAGGGUGCAAACGUCCUGCUGGGUGCGAAAAUGUCCUCAAAAUUGAAGACGCAUCUGAGGCCGGAAGUUCGCCUCACGGGAAGCCUUAUCGAGGACGAUGAUAUUCAUCUGAUACUGGAGUACAACACCGGAGACACGUGGGGCGAUUUGGUAUCGCCCCGUGCCAACCGAUACAUUCUACACAACGAUCACCACAAUCCGUACCUGAGCUCGCUGGAAGAAUUCGAUGCGGCCCUCGUCGGGUUCGAGCCGCAUCUGUUUGUUGUGAGCGGUUUGCAGAUGAUGGACAAUUAUCUCUAUCCCGUGGGUGCACGGGAACGGUUGCUGGAACGCGUGCGCUCCCAGAUGCAAGCCCAAUCGCGCACACAAACGCUCAUACACUUCGAAAUGGCCAGCUUCGUUGAGUUGGAGUUGCUUCAAUUGUUGCUGCGAACAGUGCUACCGUACAGCGAUUCGAUCGGUAUGAACGAACAGGAGCUGGACAAUCUGCAGCAAGUGUUGCAAACGGGCCGUAUAAGCUUGGUCGCCGACUGUAAUCCACGUGUGGCCCAUUCACUCGACCAAGCGCGUGCUGUUUUUCGCAAACUUAACGAAGAUUUCUACCAAAAGCAAUCUGACCCCGGUGAUGGAGCAACCCGUCGGCCGCUUUCCCGCAUACAUCUGCACACACUCGCGUAUCAGGCAUUCAUCGUGGCCAGGGACGGUCGUUGGAGGCACACGAAACAGGCAGCAGCAAAAGCAUCGCUUACGGCACACCGGCACGUGUGUGCGAGCACGAUCGUCAAUCCGGAUGCGGCCUACCUGCAGAUGGAUGGAAGCUUUGCCGUUUCCGCAGAACCGGGUGCUAGACGGAUACACUUUAACAACCGUGAGCCGGUGUCUUGCUGGGAAGAAACGCUCGAACUACAGCAACACGCACCAUCAAUCGUGGUCGAGAUAUGCGUGGCACCGGUUUUAAUAUGCAAACAUGCGAAGCAAACGGUUGGCGCGGGGGAUAACAUUUCCGGCGCGGGAUUAGUGCUGCAGAUAUAAACACAAGCGUGUUUUAUAAAAAGAAAAACGUACAAGACUGCUUAUGAAGUGUUCACUGUUCUGCUUAGAAGAGUGGGCAGUUGUCGUUGGUAACCACAUUAACGAUUGAAGCGCUGUUUUAAAUCGCCUACCUUGAUGCGAAC